UGUUGUCUUUCAGAAAGCAAGAACACAGGUUUCCUGUGCCUCCAGCUUCCUGCUACAAGUAACAAGUGUGUGUAGACUGCUCAAAUAUGUCAGAGACUUCCUCCCACGACUCCUUCUAUGAUUCCUUAUCAGACGUGCAGGAAGAGGGCAGAAGUGCUGACUUCUUCCCAGGCCUCUCUGCUUUCCUCAGCCAGGAAGAAAUAAAUAAAAGCCUUGACCUGGCACGCAGAGCUAUAGACAACUCUGAAACUGAAGAUUUUGACUCCGAAAAGGAGAUCUCACAGAUUUUCAGCAAGUCUCCUACGAGCCUCUGCGAAACUUCUUCCUAUGAGGAGAAGAAAUCAGGCGAGCAGACUUCCUCAGAAGGACCUCGGGAUAAUAGGCGAGCAUCUGUCCAGCCUCUAGCAGAACAAGCUGAAAGGAUCACUUCCCCGGCGGCUUCAAAGAGAAAACCUGGGGUAUCACCCCUGCUGGCCAGCCCCAGCUACAUCCGGAGCCUACGCAAGGCUGAAAAACGAGGUGCAAAAGUUCCCAAUCCAAGUGCAAAGCCCAAGGCUGCCCAGCAAAGCAAGGCUGGCCCUCAGAGCCAACUGUGCGACAAGGCAGCUAGUUUCAUCGAGGAACUGACGUCCAUAUUUAGAGAGGCAGCCAAGCCAAGAAACAGAAGCCCUAAUGGUGAGUCCUCGUCACCAGACAGUGGGUAUCUGUCUCCUAAAAAUCAGCCAUCAACCCUGAUGAGUGCCUCAGCCAGCCAGAGCCCCACUGCAGACCAGCUAGACCAACUCGAGAUGGACGCAGAGGUCAAGCAACCCCAGGGCAGCCUUUGCUACCAGGCCCACAAGGCUGCAGAAGAGACCUUGCCACACACUCACAUCCCGCACCCACAGCCCCAGAAAGCCCGCCACUUGCCAUCGUCUGCACCUCGCUUCAUCCAGAAGCUGAGGAGCCAAGAAGUUGCCGAAGGAAGCAGAGUUUAUUUGGAGUGUAGAGUCACUGGAAACCCAGCUCCCAGAGUCAGGUAA